UUUGUUGCAAUUCAGACGGAGUCGGGAGAGAAGAGGUGACCUACAGCCACUUUGAACACCACCUAAGUUUCGAGGGAGACGGGAUUUGUAGGAAACAUAGCUUGCUGUGCUUCUUACACAUUGUCCGUCGAGGGGUUUCCAAAGGCUGGUCGCACAUUUUCUCGGACGAAGGGCUUCAUUACCACCAAAGCCUGAGGAAGUCGGUUACGGCUUCUUGGAGAAACAUUGUGUGCCGAGGUGAAUUGAUGUUCAGCUCGGUUCGACAGGAAAACAACGCUCAUUGGCACAUGAAAACUUCAGACCUUGCUGGACACAGACGUACAGCGAGAAGUAGACAGAGACCUACUUCGAGGACCUGGGGCCCGGUUGGAGGUGAACGGUUGAAGAGAGAGCUUUGCUUCACCAACUUUCUGACAACAAAGAGGUGACACAUAGCGCAGCAAUAUGGGAGGCGGAGAGAGAUACAACAUUCCAGUUUCCCACCCCGAGCGCGCACUGCCCAAGAAGAACCAUCAACUUGGCCGGGCUAAGCAGAGAAGCCGUGACCAGAGCGGAGCAGCAGCAUCUGUCGGAGGGGCAGGGGGUCUUCACCAUCAUGGACACCGCCGGAGUGACAAAGGCUUAGCCUACCACAGGUCUCCAGAGGCGCGGCAGGCCGCGUCUGCCGAGAAGAACGCUUCUGUUCGCUUUGCCGCCAACUAUGAUCAGAACUGGGAGGGUGCAGUGUCUCACCUCAACACGCUCCUGGCCACACAGGGAAGUCCAAGCUACGCUGGGCCUAAGUUCAGCGAGCCACCCCUGCCCAGUGUAUUGCCCAAACCCCCCAGCCACUGGGUGUCCUUCCCAAUGGGAUCCUGUGACAACAGGGAGAUGAUGGCCUUCCAGCUCAAAAGUCUCCUCAAGGUGCAGGCCUGAGGAGGGGUGCCCAGACUCGAUUGAAAAGCCAAUAUAUGAACUGGGACUCUUUUUAGGGCUCCCACCCACCAGGAACACCUCAGUGCUGUAAUACUUUUAGCUGUUUUUAGAUUGACACCAGUGUUAAAUUGCAUUUGCAGUAAUGUUUACUGCGAAUCUUUUUUCAACACAAAAAUUUUAAAACUAAUAUUUCCAGAUAUUGCAGCCUUGGAGCCUUGCUGGUCGGUAAUGCCUUUAGUGGAGUCAGUUUCUGUGACUAAUGACGAACUGGAUAUCCCUUAUUUCUGUUUUGUUUUGUUCUUUUUAAUGUUGGCUAUCAAGCAGAUUCAGUGUGUUUCCCCUUCUAAACAAGUGUUAUAAUAUCGGUCAGGUAAAUUCCCAUCACUUUUACAGUCCAUUUCUGUGGACAGACAUGCUUUUUCAUUUACAAUGUUUUUUGAUCAGCCUUUAGGGGUCCUGUCUUAAACUUCCGGUGCUAAAGCAAACUCACAUUUGUAGCAUUUCUUGAUUAGGGUCCACCUUCUUUUCUUUAAUGUAUCGCAAUCCUUGUUUGGGAUGGAAAAGGCACUUGACUGCAAUUCUGCAGGGAAAAAAAGCUAUCUUACUGGAGGUAAUGCACUGUCUAGUACAGGUCAAAGGUAUAACCUCAAACUGAAAGAUAAAAGAGACCAUGGCACACGGGCCUUGGACUAUCGGCUCCUGUACCUUUUUUAUUGCGCUGUGCGCACAUGCACUACAGGAGCUGAUCUUGUCUAAGGCCAGAACACUCUAUCAUAGCAUUAUUUUGUACAAGUCCUUUAUUGUUGUGGUUGGAAGAUGUAUGAAGAACUGUGUGUAACCAAAGCAAUGUUUUCGCUGUAUUUCUUUUCUCUCCCCUUUUUGGGGGGACAUCCUCCUGACAUGUGGUCGGCAUUGUUGCCAUUGCCACUUUAACCUUUCAAGCCCGAGUGGUGAAUGGGUAAGACUCCCUGUGGUCACUUCUACUGUUAAUCUGUUCCAAUCAUUCAUGUGGUUGCUCCUCAGUCUCUGCCUUUUCAGGACAGUGCUGCAGCUCCAACAUGCGGAAGAGGGCCAGGCUUAGUUGUGGGACUGUUGAGUUUCACUUUCUCAAGUCAAAUGGUCCUGUUGGCUGCAUGCAUUAGAAAGCAAGCUGAGGCAGAACUGAGGAAGGUUUCUGAAGUGAAGUGUCUGCAGGGACUCUGUGAGGCAGGAGGCUGGUGUUUAUGUUUACAAAAUAGGUCUCCGUGGAUGACCAGUCCAUUAUCAACAGCCACUCUGCCUCUUGCCUCUGAGUCAUGUUUACCCUCUUGCACUGCAAUCAGACUAGUUUUUAAUAAGUUACAGACAAAGAUGCUAUUGAAAAGAUGGAGGCGUAAUUGACUAUCUCCCGAUGGAUUCUCUAUUUUUGUGAUUCAACCCUCAAUGAGGCUCUCUUUACUUUCCCCUUGCAGAAUUGGAGCUGUUUAUGGCCAGUCUAAAGAAAACAAAACAAAGUAUGAGAGCUUGUUAAUGUGUUUAAGAGCCAUGUAAAUAAUGAUAUGUAAAAAGUACUUGUAGCAUAUGUACAUUUGCAGGCCAAAUUUGAGGCCUGUUUGACAAAAAGUAUUUUUAGUAAUAACACUGAAUGUAUAAGACAUGCUAAGGACGUGUCUUGACUUCAAUGUCUUGACUUCAAUACUGAAGAAUAUUUUUGUUAAAAAAACUGCAUAUAGCAUUUCUCAGUACCCCUGCACUGUUAUCUUUCCAGAGAUCUUGCACAUGUUUUUUAUUGUUUUGUAUUAAACAGUGUAGGGUGAACUAUGCUUUGUGCAAAAAGUAAAACUGCAAAAUGUAAAUUUGAUCCUUGAGGAGACUUGCCUGUGUAUGAACUCGAGUUCUGAAUGUGCUUACAAUAUGUAAGCGUGAUGCUUUUAAUCUCGAGUUGACCUGUUUGUGCCUAAGUUGAAAUCCAUGCUGAAACUGAAUACUUGCAUUAGGUGGCAUUGCCACACGAUGACCAAAAUGUUUUCAUCUGAACCAUCUUCAGUUCUCCGCUGCUCUUCCGCCAGCUGACAACUGAACCUGGCCCCAUAAUGAUUUAAGUUGUACUUAUAUUGGUUGUUCAUGUAAAUGUUUAAUUUCUUGCCCUGAUUGAGUUGUGCAUGGCAGUCUCCUCAUUCUAAAUUUGAAAAUAUUGAAUUGGCUGUUAAUUUGUCCCCCUUUGAAAUGUCACUGAAUAUGGAAAAGAAAAAUGCCCCGUUUAAAAUUUGUAUGAAUUGGUGUUUGAAAAAAGCAAACGAAUGCACUCUAUGAAUUGAAAAGAAAUUUUACAAAAAAAAAGAAGAAAUAAAUCCCUUUCCCUUCC